AUGGACUUUACUAAUCAUCAUGUCAUGAUGGUAUGGAGGAAUGAGCCAUGUGUUGUAAUAGGAAGACACCAAAAUCCAUGGCAAGAAGCCAAUGUUUCUCAUUUGGCUGAAAAAGAUAUCUCCUUGGCUCGCCGUAAUAGUGGUGGUGGUACAGUUUACCAUGAUCGUGGAAAUUUAAACAUAACCUUCUUCACACCACGGGAAAGAUAUGAUAGGAAGUACAACUUAGAGCUUAUAAAGAGGGCUCUAUUUAGAGGAUUUGGCAUUAAAUCUGUUAUUAACAAGCGUGACGACAUUGUAGUUCAAGAUAAUUAUAAAAUAUCUGGAACAGCUGCAAAAUUAGGUCGAUUAACAGCAUAUCAUCAUUGUACACUUCUAGUCAACGCCAAUAAGGCAGAUCUCAGUAAAGCCUUGGCAAAAAGAGAGCAUGGCAUACAGACAAAGGCGACAGAGUCAACUCGCUCUCCUGUGGCAAACCUGGCUGACAUAGACCACAAAGUGUCCGUGGAAAGCUUGCAGACAGCCGUAGGCUAUGAGUAUCUGCGCACACCAGCUCUUCACAUUGAAGAUGGAGGACAGACUUUAAUCAAAAAGCAAAGAGGUUUUCAGUUUGUGAAUCCAACCAAUGAAUGGUUCCCAGGUCUCUCUGGCUUAAGGAAUGAGUUGGAGAGUUGGGACUGGUGUUUUGGCAGAACACCAGUUUUCACUGUUAGCCGCACAUUCCCUGUUCCUGCUGAAUUGCUUGCGCCAUCAAGAGUUUACAGAGCCUCUGAGGAGUUAGUUAUUAAUAUGACUGUGGAGAAAGGGUUAAUUAGUGAUGUUACAUUAAAUAUUCCUCCAGGAUUAGUUGAAUCUGGUUUUCAUGGUGAAGCAUCAGUUAUUACCCAUCUUAAAGGGAAGAGAUUUACCUCUGAGGCACUCAGUGCACUGCAGGAUGCAAUGCUCACUCGCCAUUUGAGCAAUGACAUUAAGAAGUUGGAUGAAAAAGAACAAUUUGUUGCAAAAUGCUUUGAUCAAGUGGUUAACACCAUC